UCCGGUGUUGUGACUGAAACCCGUCAAUAUGGCGGCGAUCGGCCGCGGCCGCUCUCUGAAGAACCUCCGAAUACGAGGGCGGAAUGACAGCGGCGAGGAGAACGUCCCGCUCGAUCUGACCCGAGAACCUUCUGAUAACUUGAGGGAGAUUCUCCAAAAUGUGGCCAAAUUGCAAGGAGUAUCAAAUAUGAGAAAGCUGGGCCAUCUGAAUAACUUCACUAAGCUUCUUUGCGAUAUUGGCCAUAGUGAAGAAAAACUGGGCUUUAAUUAUGAAGACAUCAUAAUUUGUUUGCGCUUAGCUUUAUUAAAUGAGGCAAAAGAAGUAAGAGCAGCCGGGUUGCGAGCGCUGCGCUAUCUCAUCCAAGAUUCCAGUAUUCUCCAGAAGGUGCUAAAACUGAAAGUGGACUAUUUAAUAGCUAGGUGCAUUGACAUUCAGCAGAGCAACGAGGUGGAGAGGACACAAGCCCUUCGCUUAGUCAGAAAGAUGAUUACUGUGAAUGCUUCCUUGUUUCCUAGUUCUGUGGCCAACUCAUUAAUUGCGGUUGGAAAUGAUGGGCUUCAGGAACGAGACAGAAUGGUCCGGGCUUGCAUCGCCAUCAUCUGUGAACUAGCACUUCAGAACCCAGAGGUGGUAGCCCUUCGAGGAGGACUAAACACCAUACUGAAAAAUGUGAUUGAUUGCCAAUUAAGUCGAAUAAAUGAGGCUCUCAUUACUACAAUUUUGCACCUUCUUAAUCAUCCAAAGACCCGGCAGUAUGUGCGAGCUGAUGUAGAAUUAGAGCGAAUUUUAGCACCCUAUACUGAUUUCCACUACAGACACAGUCCAGAUACGGCUGAAGGACAGCUCAAAGAAGACAGAGAAGCACGAUUUCUAGCCAGUAAGAUGGGAAUCAUUGCGACAUUCCGCUCGUGGGCAGUUUGUUUGUUCUGAACCCAGGGCUUUAUGCAUGAUGAGCAAGACCUCUACUCUCGAGCCUUGUCUCCAGGUAUUAUUAAUUUAUGUAAGCCUGGAAAUUCUGGGAUACAGUCUCUAAUUGGAGUACUUUGCAUACCGAAUAUGGAAAUAAGGCGAGGUCUGCUCGAAGUGCUCUAUGACAUCUUUCGUCUCCCUCUGCCCGUUGUGACGGAUGAGUUCAUAGAAGCCCUGCUCAGUGUAGAUCCAGGAAGAUUCCAGGACAGUUGGAGGCUUUCCGAUGGCUUUGUGGCAGCUGAGGCAAAAACUAUUCUUCCCCAUCGUGCUAGAUCCAGGCCAGACCUCAUGGACAAUUAUUUGGCUCUGAUACUCUCUGCAUUUAUUCGUAAUGGACUUUUAGAGGGCUUGGUCGAGGUGAUAACGAACAGUGACGACCACAUCUCAGUGAGGGCGACCAUCCUUUUAGGAGAGCUCCUGCAUAUGGCAAACACCAUCCUGCCUCACUCGCAUAGCCACCAUCUACACUGCUUGCCAACCCUCAUGAACAUGGCUGCGUCCUUCGAUAUUCCCAAGGAAAAGAGGCUGCGAGCCAGUGCAGCCCUGAACUGUUUGAACCGCUUCCAUGAGAUGAAGAAGCGAGGACCUAAGCCCUACAGCCUUCAUUUAGAUCACAUCAUUCAGAAAGCAAUCGCAACUCACCACAAGCGGGAUCAGUAUCUUCGAGUUCAGAAAGAUAUAUUUGUUCUUAAGGAUACAGAGGAAGCUCUUUUAAUAAACCUUAGAGACAGCCAAGUCCUUCAGCAUAAAGAGAAUCUUGACUGGGAUUGGAAUCUGAUUGGGACCAUCCUUAAGUGGCCAAAUGUAAAUCUAAGAAACUAUAAAGAUGAGCAGUUGCACAGGUUUGUGCGCAGACUUCUUUACUUUUACAAGCCCAGCAGCAAACUGUACGCUAGUCUGGAUCUGGACUUGGCCAAGUCCAAGCAGCUCACAGUUGUUGGUUGUCAGUUUACAGAAUUUCUGCUCGAGUCUGAAGAGGAUGGGCAAGGAUACUUAGAAGAUCUCGUGAAAGAUAUUGUUCAGUGGCUCAAUGCUUCAUCUGGAGUGAAACCUGAGAGAAGCCUUCAGAAUAAUGGCUUACUGACCACCCUUAGUCAACACUACUUCUUAUUUAUCGGAACACUCUCUUGUCAUCCUCAUGGAGUCAAAAUGCUGGAAAAGUGCAGUGUCUUUCAGUGUCUCCUUAAUCUUUGUUCCUUGAAAAACCAAGAUCAUCUGAUAAAACUCACUGUUUCCAGCCUAGACUAUAGCAGAGAUGGAUUAGCCAGAGUCAUUCUUUCAAAAAUCCUCACGGCAGCCACAGAUGCUUGCAGACUGUAUGCAACAAAACAUUUAAGGGUUUUAUUGAGAGCUAACGUUGAAUUCUUCAACAAUUGGGGAAUUGAGUUACUAGUAACUCAGCUACAUGAUAAAAACAAAACAAUUUCUUCUGAAGCGCUGGAUAUUCUUGAUGAAGCUUGUGAAGACAAGGCCAAUCUUCAUGCUCUUAUUCAGAUGAAGCCAGCCUUAUCCCACCUUGGAGACAAGGGCUUGCUUCUACUGCUGAGAUUUCUUUCCAUUCCGAAAGGAUUUUCUUACCUGAAUGAAAGGGGUUAUGUUGCAAAACAGUUGGAAAAGUGGCACAAGGAAUAUAAUUCAAAGUAUGUUGACUUGAUUGAGGAACAACUUAAUGAAGCCCUCACUACAUACAGGAAGCCUAUUGAUGGUGAUAACUACGUUCGUCGCAGUAAUCAAAGACUACAGCGACCUCAUGUCUACCUGCCCGUACACCUUUAUGGACAACUGGUACACCACAAAACAGGCUGCCAUUUACUGGAAGUACAGAGUAUCAUCACAGAGCUCUGUCACAAUGUUCGCACUCCAGACUUGGACAAAUGGGAAGACAUUAAGAAGCUGAAAGCCUCUCUUUGGGCCUUGGGAAAUAUUGGCUCAUCGAAUUGGGGGCUUAAUUUGCUACAGGAAGAAAAUGUGAUCCCAGAUAUACUAAAACUUGCAAAACAGUGUGAGGUCCUUUCCAUCCGAGGGACCUGUGUAUAUGUUCUUGGGCUCAUAGCUAAAACCAAGCAAGGCUGUGAUAUUUUGAAAUGUCACAGCUGGGAUUCUGUAAGGCACAGUCGCAAGCAUCUAUGGCCAGUGGUUCCAGAUGAUGUGGAGCAGCUCUGCAAUGAGCUCUCAUCUGUCCCAAGCACCCUCAGCUUGAACUCUGAGUCGACCAGCUCUAGACAUAACAGUGAGAGUGAGUCUGCACCAUCAAGCAUGUUCAUGCUGGAGGACGACCGCUUCGGCAGCACCUCCACCAGCACAUUUUUCCUUGACAUCAAUGAAGAUGCUGAGCCAGCAUUUUAUGACCGACCUGGACCCAUAAAAGAUAAAAAUUCAUUUCCCUUUUUUGGCUCCAGCAAACUUGUAAAGAAUCGUAUCUUAAAUUCACUUACUUUGCCUACUAAAAAACACCGCAGUAGCAGUGAUCCAAAAGGAGGAAAACUGUCAUCUGAAAAUAAGACAAGCAACCGGCGAAUCAGAACACUUACGGAGCCCAGUGUUGACUUGAAUCACAGCGAAGACUUCACAAGCUCCUCAGCACAGAAAUCAUUACAGCUAGAGCCUUCCUUCGUUGGGAAUAAGCACCUUGAAGACGCGGGCAGCACUCCAAGUAUUGGAGAGAAUGACCUCAAAUUCCCCAAGAGUUUUGGUACCGAGACUCACAGAGAAAACACAAGCCGAGAAAGGUUGGUUGUGGAAGGCUCAGCAAGCUCCCACAUCAAGAUCCGCAGCCAGAGCUUUAACACGGACACUACGACGAGUGGCAUCAGCUCCAUGAGCUCGAGCCCCUCCCGAGAGACAGUCGCUGUCGACCCCACAGCUAUGGACACGGACUGUGGAAGUCUGAGUACCGUGGUAAGUACUAAAACUGUUAAGACGAGCCACUAUUUGACACCACAGUCUAACCAUCUGUCUCUCUCCAAAUCGAACUCAGUGUCCCUGGUGCCACCAGGUUCUUCUCACACCCUUCCUAGAAGAGCCCAGUCCCUUAAAGCGCCCUCCAUUGCAACAAUAAAAAGUCUAGCAGAUUGCAACUUCAGCUACACAAGCUCUAGAGAUGCCUUUGGCUAUGCUACAUUGAAAAGGUUACAGCAGCAAAGAAUGCACCCGUCCUUGUCUCACUCGGAAGCUUUGGCGUCGCCGGCAAAAGAUGUGCUUUUUACCGACACCAUCACCAUGAAGGCCAACAGCUUUGAAUCCAGACUGACGCCAAGCAGGAUCGAUUUUAAAAAGAAGCAUGUCGGGGGAGUCAGGAGCUUAAGACCUACAGUAACAAACAGCCUUUUCAGGUUUAUGAAAGCUUUAAGUUAUGCGUCAUUAGAUAAAGAAGAUUUACUAAGUCCUAUUAAUCACAAUACCCUCCAGCGCUCCUCCUCAGUUAGGUCUAUGGUGUCCAGUGCUACAUAUGGAGGUUCCGAUGACUACAUUGGACUUGCUCUUCCAGUAGACAUCAAUGACAUCUUCCAGAUAAAGGAUGUUCCUUAUUUUCAAUCAAAGCACGUGCCUCCACCAGAUGACCGAGGUGCAAGAAUGUUUUCCCAUGAUGGAGCAGGUCUUUCAUCUGGAGCCGGUGGUCUCGUAAAGAACUCUUUUCACUUGCUGCGGCAGCAGAUGAGUCUCACAGAAAUAAUGAACUCUGUCCAUUCGGACGCCUCCCUGUUCUUAGAGAGCACAGAAGACACUGGGCUGCAGGAGCACACGGAUGACAAUUGCCUUUACUGCGUCUGCAUUGAACUCCUGGGCUUCCAGCCCAGUAACCAGCUAAGUUCCAUCUGCAGUCACUCCGAUCUUCAAGAUAUUCCGUACUCCGAUUGGUGCGAGCAGACGAUCCACAACCCCUUAGAAGUGGUUCCCUCUAAGUUCUCGGGGAUUUCUGGCUGCAGCGAUGGCGCAUCUCAGGAAGAAGGCUCAGCCAGCAGCACCAAAAGCACUGAGCUGUUACUGGGUGUUAAAACCAUUCCAGAUGACACACCCAUGUGCCGGAUCCUGCUUCGUAAGGAAGUGCUAAGAUUAGUUGUCAAUUUGAGUAGUUCAGUUUCCACCAAGUGUCACGAGACCGGGCUUCUGACCAUUAAAGAGAAGUAUCCUCAAACAUUUGAUGACAUAUGCCUUUAUUCUGAAGUUUCUCAUCUGUUGUCACACUGCACAUUUAGACUUCAGUGUCGGCGGUUCAUACAAGAGUUAUUUCAGGAUGUACAGUUUUUACAAAUGCAUGAAGAAGCAGAGGCUGUGUUGGCAAUUCCACCAAUUCAGCCUAUAGUUGAUGAGUCUGCUGAAUCCUGACCUCAUGCUUAUGACGUUUAUAGCUGGAUACUCUAUAUGUAUUCCUACUGUGGACUUCCUGAAAGCCCCACAGGAUACUGACUGGCUGACAGUGAGGCAGGAGAGCCUUCUGACACUGGCCAGCAGUUAUUGGUACAGAACAGCUGGGACUGCUGGCAUUCCUAGCCAAGCCAACUUCUCUCCCGCGUUGGGCCCUUCUCGGGGUUCGUGGUUCAUUACCAUGGUUUUAAUUCAGUUACCAUCAUAUGCAAGAGCCAAGCACUGAAUAUCUACAUAGGUUUUCUAUUUUUUUAUUUUCAAAGCGCAAUGGCAGUGGAACAAAACAGGACAUGAAGACGCAUCCUUCACACCGUUGUUUUCUGAAUGCUUUUUAAUCAAGGGUAAAUACAAAAGAUGCCUUGUUUGUUAACUAAUUUGUGGAAAGCAGGAGUCACUGACUCCGAGACUGCAUCCUGUUACCCCGUGGGCUGUAACUGCUGGUAUCAGAGGAACACACUCGCCUUUCCACACUUCUUAAUGUCUGUAACACUACUUCAGAGGUUUAUAACUUCACAGCAGAAGGAACACCUCAGCACUCGGAACUUGGAAGUUAGUUUACGAUGCUAGAUGCAUAAGGAUGCUUACUUGUCCUCUGUCGCUUCAGGUUGUUGCAAUACGUUGUUAAAGGCUAUUUCUACUAAUUAAGGUUUUUCACUAUGGUUGUGAUGUAGUAAGGAGUAAAUACUUCUCGUGUUCAGAGCACAUUGUACCCAACCUCCUCCACUCCUCUCACCACUUACAAGGGACUGAGCCAGAUGAGCAGUCUGGACAAAGCAAAGGAAGCAUGAAGUGAGGCUGCAGUCUCUCAAGGAAAAGACAGCUUUGCCUGCAGUUUACACAUUCCAUGGGAAAAAGGAAGAGCCAUAUGUCCUAUUAAAACGUCAUUGAGACUCGUUAUUAAGAUUCAGAAUUGUGGUGAAAAGCCUUAAUUACUAAAUUUUAAAGCAGCGAUAAUUUAAUUUUUGUUAGUGUUCCUGUUUUGCAUAAAUUGCAGUUAUAGGUGAGUUAAAAGUAUAGUCAUUGCCUUUAUCACAUUUGUGAAGUUGAUGAAGGCGAGACUUUGUCUGUCUAAUUUGUUUAUGUAUAAAGAGACUUGGAAAUCUUCACAGGAAUUAAACAUAUAUGCAAAUUUGUACAUAAAGUAGCAUGAACAUCAUUACUAGACUGCUUACGCGUGAAAGGGUUAUCUUGGAACAAACCAUCCAGCUGACUAGGACUGACUAGGACCUUUGCAAUUCCUUUGUGUAACCCAUUUUACAAUUGCACAUCAGCUUUAACAUGUCAUAGACAUUGGUCCAUAUUUUCCCAUGUCGUACACCCUUCUCAUAAUGGUCUUGUUUGCAAGACUGCUGUAAAGUACCCUGUGAACUAGAAAACAUAACUCACAGAAAUUUGUCUUUGAACUUGCUGGCACUGAAAGUUGGCACUGAGACGAAGCAUUUCCUGUCCCUCCUGACUCCUCUUUGACUGCACUUGAGCGAGUUGUUCUUCUGUGCACUGUAUAGCAACUUCCAUGAUAACAAAGCAGACAAGGGCUCUAAGCUGCUGCUCACAUUACAGCACAGUUCGCAUUUUCCCAGAAAAUUCAGUGAGGGUAAAACUUUCUUUUCAACUUCAUCACUGAACCCGUGUUCAUUAAAUGUCAGCAGUGCUUGAAAGAGCAUGCCUAUCACCUUGGUCUUUGGUCUUGGACAAUAAAACUGCCUUUCCAGAGAACCAAAUGUCAGAGAUACUAGACCAAAUAAUGGUUACAAUUCCAAAGGAAGUAAUGUAGUCUUAUUCAUAAAUGGGAUUAACAUUUUAGACAUUCAUUUUAAACACUACCUCAGUUAACAGAGUAGAAAAUCUGUGGUUUCGUCCCUUGAGAGUUAAUGAUAACUAUUCUUGUUUGUUUUUCUUCACACAAAACUAUGCCCAUUCUCGCGCCCAAGUCAGCCAUCAUGAACCUGAGGCUGUGCCCUAGUGUCCUAAGCCAAGGAUUGUGUUUUCACUUUGACUGUUACUUUGAAAGGUGUGUGUGUGUGUGUGUGUGUGUGUGUGUGUGUGAUCAUAUCUGCCUAUAGCACUUACUUUGGGAAGAUAUCAGAGCUUUGUGAUGAUCAGUAUACUGGGGGAAAUUGUCUAUGCUUAAAUUUAUAGUGCUAUUUGGUUUAACCAUGGUUUCACCAACAGGUGUAAUACAUUUCUUUUUAAGUACAUGUAUAAAAGUAGACUUUUAUGACGAAAACGACAUGCAGUGCCAAGUGAUUAGCAUAGGUGUUUAAGACUAUUAAAUUAUAGCAGAAAAGGUUAUGAAUGAUGUCAAUGGUAAUAGCAAUCAUUGAAAAAUUGUCUAUAAAUAUUAGAUAUUACCAAAAUGUCAAUACCGUAGUUUUUCAAGAGUUUAGAAUUAAUCUUAGUCAUAUAAAUUUGUACUAUUGAUAAUUAUUUAAUAAUUUGGAGGAGUUUGAACAGUUAAGCUGGUUGUAAACUGUGAAUUUCUAAUUGUAAAUUGUCAUUUCUAAUUGAAAUUUUUUCAAGAACAGAUUUCAGCUUCACAUACUAAGUACUGACAAAUAAAAAAGUGAGAAAUUUAGUAUUUAUAAGAAAAUAGGCUCUAAAAUGUCUUAUGCUUUUCUGUUUCUGCUUAGAGUAUAAUGGAGGAAGACAGUGUCCCCUGACCUAAGUGUUUCUAAUAAAGAGUAAGUGUAGAGACAUCCCACAAGACAGCAGCAGUGCAAGGCUCUUAGGAAGUGUGUGCACUGUUGCUGUGGUGAUGUAUCCAAGUCACCAGGAGCCGUGUCCUCAGGAGCUUUCGGCUCUUGUCCAGAGCUUGAGACAGUUGAAGCUGGGUUCCAUCACUGAGACCAGAUGUGCGUAGGGGCUGCUAGUGUGUGUGUAAACUGCCCACUGCUGUUUCCAUGCACUCUCAGCCCCUUCAGCUGAUGCCCCUGGUGCCCCACUCAAAGCACAGACCAUUAAGCAAUAAACAAAAUUGUCAUUCAAAUUAUAAUUGUGGUUAUUCUCCUGUGAUAAGAGGUGCUAAUUUUGUGUGAGAAGAACAUGUGACCUCUUUGGAAAUAUAGUUUGGAAGUAAAGUUUUUCCCCCUCUUCUUGUACUUCCAUUUUGUCCCAAAUUCACAGUUCAUGAAAGAAAAGUAAAAUUGUUUAGGAGACUUCUAAGAAGAGCUGCUUGCAAUAAACAUUUCAGAUUUUCCCGAGUGUGAGUUGGGAAGGUCUCCAUUUCCUCCAUACUGACAAAGCCUGUUGUUCCAACGUCUCUUAGCUUGGAGAGUGUCUCUACACUGAGUCUCACCUCAGCCUGCCAGUGACCCUGAGGUCACUGCUGAGGAAGACACAGGAGUCUGCACUAGUCUUUACAAGAGCCGUUGUCAUUUCAGGUCCCCGGGGGUUCAUUACAGUACAUUUAUACAACUCACAAGAGUGUGGGAUUCCGCCCCUUUGAGUAUUUUUAUAGUUAGGUGGAUAACUGCCGCAGAUGCAUGGAUUGCACAUUUUGACUCUAUAAUACUUAGUAUGAAAAAUUAAUUUAUGCCAAAAAAAAAGGAAACAUAUCUUACAAUUUCCCCAACUAGGUUGAUCUAGCACAAGAUGCAAAGUCUUGGGGCAGAGCGGGAGUGGUAAAAUCUUUUAAUGUAUGAUUGUUGAAAAAUGUUCCAUUACUAGCCUGUCAAAAACCCUAAUGAUGCAUUGUAAAACAAAUGAUGUAAAUUAAAUUAGCUUUGAAAAGUGGUAAGGGAUUAUAAAGAGGAUCUCAGAUUUAAUGCUCUCUGACCACAUGACCUUUUUUUUUUUUUUUUUAGUAAUACGCUGCUACAUUUUUGGAGGUUCUGGUGUUUGUAGGUCACUGAACAGACAUUGAAAUCUGAUUUAUAUUGUAUAACUGUAACAUAGAAAGAAAAAGUAUUUAUAUAUUUUCCUUAAGAAUAUUUCAUUGAGUUGUGUAUAAUUUAAAUAAGAUUUGUCCCAAAAUGGUUUUGCUCACUUUGAUUUUUUUGUUGUUGUUAUUGUGGUUGUAUUGUUUUUGUACAAUGUGUACAGUUUAUGUUAAGGGCAUUAAAGCCUCCUGAAGCAUAAUCUUAUCAAAGGGAUUCAUUGUUAAUAAAAUGUACUUAAAAUUCUUAAA